AAAAAAAAAGGAAAUGCUGCAUUGGUGGCUGUAGUUGUGCCGAGUGCGGCGUAGGCAGCGGCGUUUUCCCGGCAGCUGGUGUUAGGCCGGUGUUUGUCGGGGAGCCCUCCGUGGUAACACGCGUGAUCUUUCCCCACGGCCGGUGUCCGGGGUUGAACUGUCCUUUGGAAGGUGCAAUAAAAUCACGCUUCCUUUCCCGGAGAGGCUGUCGCCUGUUGAGUGGGUGCCUGUCGUGGCGCUGCCGGACAUUUGCAGUUGCCGUGUUGGGAGAUCUCUGCCUUCGGGAGCAAAGCUCCAGUCACCGCUGGCAGCGGCUUCCAGAGGCUCUGCUGGCGUGGGGGGCGGUGUGCAGGGCGAGUGGAAAGACGGGAACUGCUUCCCUCUUAGCUGUGGAGUGACAGGGUUUGGUGUGUGUGUUUCAGGUGGGUACCCCAUAUGUGGGGUGUUAUCACUCCACAAAGCUAAAUUGAAAUUCCAGCUCUUAACCCCGUUUAAGGUAGCGAAUCUAAAUUGUGCAUAGCUACCUGUCCCUCUGGCUUUCCCUGCCAGGCUUCUCUCCAUCUCAAGGUGCACUGUGUGUUGCAUCUAAUGUUCAUGUUAACAAUUUAUUGAAAAUAAGACAUUAAAAGAUUAUAAUGUGGAUAACUCAAUCCACAAAGCAUCGUGUGGUCCUCACGCAGAGUAGUUGUGUGGCUGACAGUUUAUCUUCAGCAUCGGAACAAUCCUGCCAUGUCUUUUAGCCACACCUAGGCGUACGCCUUUACCAAUGUUUUUACCUGCUGGAGUUUCAAUAGCCAGUGUGUUUUGGAGUGCUGUGGAAAAAAAAAAAAAAAAAAAAAAAAUCAAGCGUUAGUUGUGCAGAGCUGACGUGUUCCUGAAAAGCGUGGCUCGUGGCUCCCCAGGUUGCUGUUGCCGCUUGGUUGUUGGAAGCUGCUCGCUGGAAGGUGCUCGGUGUUUGAUACUGAGAGUAGCUCCUCCUGAGAGGCGGGUUACCUGGAGCAGGGGAUGCUUGUUUGGAGCUCGUUGGUGUGCAGUGGCACUCAAGUCGAUCGCAGUUAUCUGAACGACUGAUGUCACGAUAUUUCUGAACCGUGGGCAUCUCUGAAGCCAAAUUUGUAACGGAAAAUGCUCUGAAGACGAACUGGACAGCGCCCGCCGGGACUAAAGCCGUCUGAAAAAAAUCAUCCUUCGCCCAAAGGCCUGUUUGUCAUCCAGAGGGAAGAACCUCUACAACGGCUGAACUCUGCGAGUGAUGGGCUCGGAGAACAGCGCUUUAAAGAGCUACGCCCUAGAAGAGCCGCCGUUCACACUGCCAACUGGACACACGAUUUACCCAGCCGUGCUACAAGAUGGCAAACUCGCUUCAGUCUUCGUGUACAAGCGAGAGAACGAAGAUAAGGUCAAUAAAGCUGCCAAGCACCUGAAAACCUUGCGCCACCCUUGCCUUCUGCGCUUCCUCUCUUGUACUGUGGAAGCAAAUGGGAUCCACCUGGUUACAGAACGCGUGAAGCCUUUGGAGACGGUCCUGGAGACGCUCUCUUCCUCAGAAAUCUGCGCGGGGAUCUAUGACGUGUUGCUGGCGCUCAUCUUCCUCCAUGACAGGGGAAACCUAACUCAUAACAAUGUCUGCUUAUCAUCCGUGUUUGUAAGUGAGGAUGGGCACUGGAAGCUGGGAGGAAUGGAAACGGUGUGUAACUUCAGUGAAGCCACCCCAGAGUUCCUCUGUCAUGUCAGGUCGGUACGAGACCACUCAUGCAUCCCUUGCGAGGAGAUGUCCGCAGAUUUCAAAAUUCUGCCCAGCAGCUAUGGGCACGCGAGGGAUGCCUACGCCUUCGGAACAAUGGUUGAAAAUCUCCUGACGGUCCUAAACGAUCAGGUUUCAGCAGAUAUUCUCUCCAGUUUUCAGCAAACCUUGCGCUGUACACUGCUGAAUCCAGAUCCAAAGUGUCGUCCACCACUGUCCGGCUUACUGUCUCACGAGUUCUUCAGGAAUGAUUUUCUGGAAGUUGUGAAUUUUCUGAAGACCUUAACGCUAAAGUCUGAGGAGGAGAAAACUGAAUUUUUCAAGUUCCUGCUGGACAGGGUGGCUGGCUUGUCAGAGGAGCUGAUAGCGUCACGGCUGGUGCCUCUUCUACUCAAUCAGCUCGUGUUUGCAGAACCCGUAGCUGUCAAGAGUUUUCUUCCUCAUCUCCUGGGUCCAAAGAAAGAGCAAACUGGAGAAAGCCAGACCAGCUGCCUCCUGUCGCCAGCCUUGUUCCAGACCCACGUCAUCCCUGUGCUGCUGAAGCUGUUCGAGGUUCACGAGGAGCACGUUCGAAUGGUGCUGCUGUCUCACAUUCAUGCCUACGCAGAACUGUUCUCUCGGGAGGAGUUGAAAAACAUCAUAUUGCCACAGGUACUGCUGGGCCUUCGAGACACCAGCGACUCUAUCGUUGCGAUAACGCUGCACAGCUUAGCAGUUCUCGUCUCCCUCCUUGGACCUGAAGUUGUUGUAGGUGGAGAAAGAACGAAGAUUUUCAAAAGCUCUGCACCGAGUUUCAUGAAAACUGCUGAUCUCUCCCCGGAAGACUCCCCCAGUCAUGUUUUAAGCAAUCAGAGAAAUCAAACCUCUCGGCCCUUGAAGAACAAUUCUAGUGUGUUCCCCAUCUCUGGAAGUGUACCUGUCAAGAAGCUUUCUGGGCGACAAGACAAUCCACUGGUUUUAAAGACAGGUGAGCAAGACACUCAGUCCCCCCUGAAUGGAAUUCCUGGAAGCAUUAACGUGCUAGGGAGCAGCAGGAGCUCUUUGACUACCUCCGAAAAGGCCGCAGAGGAGUGGCCAGACUGGAGUGAGCCAGAGGAGACAGACACUGAGAAAACUGUGAACAUUCAAAUUCAGCCCCGAGAGCCGCAGGGCAACGUGGGACCUUAUUUUGCUGAACAGGAUGUAGAUGAGAAGCCUUGGGAUGACGUUGAGCCCAGCAGCCCUAGUCCUGAACUGUCCUCAGGAAACUGCCUCACUGUGACACAGGCUGAUGCAGUGGAAACGCCGAGGCCUCUGCCAGGUACCCAGCAACUGAGCAAGGAAUUCAGAAGCCUCAGACCCGGUCCCCCCGCAAAGUCCUGCCCCGGGAACAGCUGGAGCAACGGCAAGUGGGAACAGCGGGGAGAAACUGUGCUGCCAAAAAUGACCUUUCAGGAAAGGUCGAAGUCAUCAUCGGAGUCUGGCCUAGGAGAAGAAUUCACGAUCAAAGUGAAGAGGAAACCCGUGCGAGACCCUGAGCUGGACUGGUUUGCUGACAUGAUCCCAGACAUUAAACCUUCUUCAGCCAUCGUGAUUUUACCUGAAGCGAGGACAGAGGCCGUUGUUCCCAGUCACUCUGGUGGAGCAUCCAGCAGAGAUGGUGCCUCCCAGAACGUGCCGUUUUCAUCCAAAUUUGCAGCAGCUGAUGUUAUCGAGGCUGAAGCUGCAGGCUGGGGUGAAGAAGAGGACUUAAACUGGGAAGAUGAUACUACCUGGUAAUGGGACUGAAAGAGACAAAGGCAAUUUCUGGUGCGUUGGAUUCUGUAAGAGAAGUCGCUGCUUCCCCACUACCCUGGACAAGUACCUCAGCACUGCUUUUGCCAGAAGGCAGGCGCUUGCUGCAGCAGCCAGCAAGAUCCCGUGGGGCCUGAUCUCCUGCCCUGGCUGCUCCUUUCCAGUCUGUGCCAAAAUCUGCAGGGCUGAGGCCUGCGCCCAAGCAAUCCGCCCAGCCGGGGGGUGCGGCAGGGGGUGCUGACGGUGCUGCUGGAGGCCCGGCGUGGUGUAAGCGAUUGUUCCAGAACUCAUCCCUGCUCUGAAAAACUGAUGACAAUAAAUGAAAGUCACACCGACAUCCUUCGUUAA